AGAGCAUGCAAUCAGCUUCGGUGCUUGGAGUGCGAUUGUGCUGUCAUCACCUUUGAAGGAUUUCAGUGGUCAGACAACACUGACUAUCUCUUCCUCCGCAACAAUUACCCUGUCACUGCACGACUCAGGUCUCGUCUCAAUCCUAUUCGUGGGACCCGAGCGUACACAUGUCAAUGUAAGCAUCGGUCUGUGAAUGCAGCUACACAGCUUGCUGCAGAUUCUGAAUUGAAAUGGGUGUGUGGAAAACACUGAAGAAUUCUUAUCCAGAUAUU